CUGCCCGCCGUUAUAGUUUCACAUAGUAAUCCCAAUCCGCUGCUUAAACCCUAAAACCAGUAGCAGGAAUCAAAAUUCUUUGAAAACAGAGCAAUUAACUUUGAAUUGGAGUCUGCGAGAUUGAUGUAAGCUGAAGAAUGGAGCAAAAGAAUAAGAGUGGUGGUGGAAAAUUAAAAGAAGAGAGCAAGAAUUCAUCAGAGGUGUUCGCUUCUUGCUCUUUCUCUAGCCUAGGGCUCCACUCCACUUUGUGCGACCAGCUCAAGGAGAGGCUGGGAUUCGAGGUUCCGACGCAGGUGCAGGCGCAAGCGAUUCCCGUCGUGCUUUCUGGACGACAUGUGCUUGUGAAUGCAGCAACCGGAACUGGGAAAACUGUGGCAUAUCUAGCUCCAAUUAUUCAUCUGUUGCAGAACUAUGAUAAACGAAUUCAGCGCUCGGAUGGUACUUUUGCGUUGGUUCUUGUACCAACGCGUGAAUUAUGCAUGCAGGUGUAUGAAAUUUUGCAGAAGUUGUUGCACCGUUUUCAUUGGAUUGUUCCUGGCUAUAUAAUGGGUGGUGAAAACAGGUCGAAGGAGAAAGCUAGGUUAAGAAAAGGUGUAUCUAUCCUUGUUGCAACCCCAGGACGCCUUCUGGACCACUUGAAGAAUACUUCAUCAUUUGUACACACAAAUCUUCGAUGGAUAGUGUUUGAUGAAGCUGAUAGGAUUCUGGAACUAGGGUAUGGGAAAGACAUAGAAGAGAUACUUAAUUGUUUGGGCACGAGUGAAGACAAAUCUGUCACCAGGGCAAAUUCAGCUGCAACUCCUGAAGUUCAGAAGCAGAAUUUGCUGUUAUCAGCUACCUUGAAUGAAAAAGUAAAUCAUCUUGCUAAAAUUAGUUUAGAGAAUCCGGUGAUGAUUGGUCUUGAUGACAAGAAGAUCUUACAAAAUGUUAAUCGCAAUCGUAUUUCACUUGAACCUGAUGUGGCUGAUAGAGUCGAAGAAUCCAGAAAAAUGUUGAGUUCUUCAGCUGAGGAAUAUAAGCUUCCUGCUCAGUUAGUUCAGAGGUAUAUUAAAGUACCAUGUGGUUCUCGACUUGUAGUGCUUCUUUCCAUUUUAAAACAUCUCUUUGAGAGAGAGGCUUCCCAAAAGGUGGUGGUAUUUUUUUCGACUUGUGAUGCAGUAGAUUUCCAUUAUUUUCUGCUAAGUGAAUUUCAGUGGCCUGCUAUGUCACAAUCAGAAACAGAACUAAGGCAGAUAUUUUUGGGAUGCAAAACUUUGCGGCUACAUGGGAACAUGAAUCAUGAGGAUCGUAAAACAACAUUCCAGACAUUCAAAACAGAAAAAUCAGCUCUUCUUUUAUCAACAGAUGUUUCUGCCAGAGGCCUGGAUUUCCCAAAAGUCAGGUGCAUCAUACAGUAUGAUUCUCCAGGAGAGGCAACUGAGUAUGUUCACAGGGUUGGAAGAACCGCCAGGUUGGGUGAGAAGGGAGAUUCGAUCCUGUUCCUUCAACCAAUUGAAGUGGAUUAUAUGAUGGACCUGGAAAAACAUGGAGUGACACUAGCAGAGUAUCCUCUUCUAAAACUUCUGAAUAGCUUCUCUUUGUAUGGCCCGAAGCACCAGGUCAAGAAGUUUGUUUCAAUAGAGAUGCAUCCAUGGUUGCUUACUUUGCAGAGAGCCUUAGAAUCCUUUAUUUCUGCGGAGCCAAAGUUGAAGAAGUUAGCCAAGGAUGCAUUUUGCUCAUGGGUCCGUGCAUAUACUGCCCAUCGCGGUGAGCUGAAACAGAUUUUCAUGGUGAAGAAACUUCAUUUGGGUCAUGUGGCGAAAAGUUUUGCAUUGAAAGAACAACCUUCACUAGUUAACAAAUCAAUCCAGAAGCAGAUCAAGAAGAGGAAGAGGGAUGACAGACAAAAAGUAAAAUCAAAGAAGAGGGUUAUCACUAAAUCUUGAUUCCUGAAUUCUGAAGACAGGAAAGAUCCAAGCUCUGCGUUUUGCCUUGUUUCCUUUAACCUAUUGAUGUAGUGGGCAAGCUGCAUCCGAGAUUAUUACCGAUCAGAUGGCAUAAAAGGGGCAUGUGGAGAAGGCUAAGCAGAAAGGCGAGGGCUUGAAAAGGCACAAGUUAUAUCUCUGAAGAUAUGUAAAUCACUCUUUCUCAACGCAUGUAUCAAUUUAUUUCUGCUUCUCAACAAGUUUUGUCGGUGUAGGAAUGCAUUUAGAUGCCAGAUGCAUAAUGUAUCAUGUAUUUGACUUACCAAAGUUUUAAAGCUGAUUCAGAUUGGAGUUUUUUUGUCAAAA